AGAUCCCGCGCGCCCUGGCAACCUGAUAAACCCAGUUUCUUUUUAGAAGAGUUCAUAAAUGGAUUACAAGAUGCAUGCCAAGUCGAACGAUUUGCUGGAUUUUCAAAAACUGGAUGCCCUCCUGGAAAAAAUUGCCCAUUCAGUCUCUGUGAAAAGAGAGUCCAGCGAGGAGUGCAAUGGGAUCACUGGUGCUCUGUCAGUGGAGUCUGUGCCGGGGCCAAGACUAAAUUGGUGUCCUUCUAGCACCACUACCCCUGCCCCUGCUCCAGCUACAGCUCCCACUCCGGGGCCCAACCCUGUCAGAAUGGGGGACGGCAUGGAAGCGGCGCAGAUGUCGGGCGGCAGCAGCAGUCAGGGGCAGGCCCAUUCAUCUGGCAACCCCCCACCUCCAGAGUACAUCAAUCCUGAGAGGCCAAAGCGCCAGACCAAUCAGCUACAGUACCUGCUCAAAGGGGUGGUGAAGGCCCUUUGGAAGCAUCAGUUUGCCUGGCCCUUUCAUGCACCAGUGGAUGCAAUCAAACUAAACUUGCCUGACUACUACUCAAUAAUAAAGAACCCUAUGGACAUGGGAACAAUCAAGAAAAGGCUUGAGAACAGUUACUACUGGAACGCCCAAGAAUGUAUUCAAGACUUCAAUACAAUGUUUACCAACUGCUAUAUUUACAACAAGCCUGGAGAUGACAUAGUCUUAAUGGCUGAGGCUCUUGAGAAGGUUUUUCUCCAGAAGGUUUCAGAAAUGCCUCAGGAAGAAAUUGAGAUUGUUGUCAUGACAGGGAAAGGACGUGGUCGGGGCAGAAGAGAAGGAGGACUGAACUUGAAGCCGGGGGCCAUCAGCGAUCCACUGUCGACAACUCCACAAACACGGGGUCUCUCAAACCUCUCGGCAGCACCACAGACCAGAGGACCUGUGCAGGGCCCUCCUUCUCUACCUCCACAGCCUUUGAUGCAGGCUCACCUGCCCCCGACAUUACCCAGCCAAGCACCACAGCUUGGAGCUCCAUACUCUCUGGGCCAUUCAGACUGUGCUCCUCAAGUACCCAUCAUGACAUCUGUGCCUCCCCCUGCUCAAACCUCGCUUCCUCCAGCAUCUAUCCAGAACACUGCUUCCAUGCUGCAGAACUCUAUAACCAUGACCAAACAAAGAAAGAGCCAGAAAAGGAAAGCUGACACUACAACACCCACAGCCAACGACCAACUCAGUGAAUCUUCGCCGGCAGAGUCCAAGUCUGGAAAGGUGUCGUUAAGACGAGAAAGCACUAGACCUACGAAGCUGAUGAAGAAGGAGGCCCCAGAUUCUCAGCAUCAUAUAGGCAUGGGGAUUGGACCCAGUGGAGGUCUUAGCCCUAAACCACAAGAUCAGUUGGGAUAUUGCGGAAGUUUAGUUAGAGAAAUGCUUUCAAAAAAGCAUGCUAAUUACGCUUGGCCAUUUUACAAACCUGUCGAUGUGGAUGCCCUUGGACUACAUGAUUACCAUGACAUCAUCAAACAUCCCAUGGACCUAAGCACCAUCAAGGCCAAGCUGGAAAAUAGGCAGUACCGGGAGCCGCAGGAGUUUGCCACUGACGUACGAUUAAUGUUUUCCAACUGCUACAAAUAUAACCCACCAGACCAUGAAGUGGUAUCUAUGGCACGCAAAUUACAGGAUGUCUUUGAGAUGCGAUUUGCCAAGAUGCCAGAUGAACUUGAAAGCAAGCCUCUUGUUUCUCCCCCGGCACCACCACUUCACCAUCCUGCUCCAGUGAAACCACCGCCUCCUAUGGCCCACAUCCCCUCAUCUUCAGACAGUUCCAGUGACUCCUCUUCCGAGUCUGAAUCCUCUACAGACGACUCUGAAGAGGAGAGAGCCCAGAGGUUGGCAGAGCUCCAGGAACAGUUGAAAGCUGUUCAUGAACAGCUGGCUGCCCUGUCCCAACCACAAGCCAGCAAACCAAAGAGAAAAGAGAAGGAAAAAAAAGAGAAGAAAAAAGACAAGCAUAAAAAGAAAGCAACCAUGCCUGGUCUUGGAGAUGAAAUUCAGGAUUCUACUCCUGUUCCACAGCUCUCUAAAAAAACCAAGACCAGUACAAACAACAACAAAGAGAUGUCCAAGAAGAAAACCAGUAAAAAAGAGGGGAUGAGAAACAGUCAUCCCUCCAACCUACCACCAGUUCCUAACGUGGAAGAUGAUCUGGGGGCCGGUGGGUCAUCGGCUAUAGGGGAAAAGUGCAAACCAAUGACGUAUGAGGAGAAAAGGCAGUUAAGCUUGGAUAUCAAUAAGCUACCUGGGGACAAGCUUGGCCGAGUUGUCCAUAUUAUCCAAUCAAGGGAGCCUUCACUGAAAAACUCCAAUCCGGAUGAGAUUGAGAUUGACUUUGAGACUCUAAAGCCUUCCACUCUCCGUGAGCUGGAGAGAUAUGUGUCCUCAUGUCUCCGCAAAAAGAAAAAGUUUCCAGUGGAGAAGACUCUGGACACUAUGGCUACCUCAAAAAAGACUGGAUCUUCUUCGGACAGCAGUGGCUCCAGCUCAGAGAGUGAAGCUGAGGGAACAGGAAUGGUAAAACAGCAGAAAAAGAAAAGCCAGUCUGCGAAGGAUGGUAAGAAGACGCAUCCUCCUGCUCUGAGCGCCCCUGUACUGCCUGUGGUCCAUUCCCUACCUGUGGGCCUUCAGUCCAACAGUCAGAUGAAACACCUUCAGCCACAACAUCAGCCAUCUCCUGCAGGCUUUAUGGUGCCUCCCGUUGCUGCUUUGGAGUCUUCUCAGUUACUGGAGACUAGCUUUGACUCUCUACCGCCUUUCCCCCAGCCCCUCAUGCAUCUCACACAGCACACAGGAAACUCUUCUUCUUCUCCACCUCCACACCUAAACCCUCAUUCUGCUGACCCAGUGUCCCCUGAGACCCACCCUUUCCUUAACCAGCAUCCCAUCCUCGCAUCUCCAGCUUUACACAGUACCAUGCCACAGCAACCCUCCAGACCCAGUCACAAGGCCGCACCUCUCCAUCCGAAACCACCUCAGCAGCCGUCAGCACCGCCUGCUCCUCCUCAACAACAGCAGCAGCAACUGCCGCCGCCAACCCUGCAACAACAAACACAACAACAGCAGCAGCUGCAGGCCCAGCCUACAGUUCCACCACAGCAUCACCUCCCCUCACAGAUUCUCCAUCCUCCUCAGCCUCUACACCAACGGCCACUGUCCCCUCCAACACUCACACCACAGGGCUUGUUGUCUUCCCAACCUCCCCAAAUGUUGCUGGAGGACGAUGAGGAACCAGGGCCCACAAUGCCUUUAAACCAAGUACCCUUAUUUCUACAGCAAUUUCAACAAACCCGUCAACCUCAGCAGUCCAUGCAGUCGCUUCAGGCGCAGGCUCGUCAGCAGCAACAGCAACAGCAGCAGCAACCAGGGCCAACUCCUCUUCUGUCUGUUCAGGGUCAACCUCAGCUGUCAUCUCAGACAGCGCUGCCUCCUCCCCAGCUCCCUGUCCAGUCCCAGGCUCCGACGGCACCAACACAUCAGACCCAACCCCAACAAAUGCCGUUGCACCAACCCCGCCACAUGCAGCACUCCCAGCCAACACCACAGAACUACCAGCAGGCUCCUGGACUUGUUGGACAGUCACAAGUGUCGCACAACAAGGGUUCCAUGUCCAUUAACAAAGUACAGCCGAUCAUCCAGCAGCAACAUGAACAACCGUCCCCUCGUCAAAUUAAGCCUGAUCCCUACUCCACAGCUCACCUGAGGGACAAUUCGUCCCCUCUCAUGAUGCAUUCCCCACAGCUUCCACAGUUUCCUCCUGUGUCACAACAGUCUCCAACACAUAACAUGCAGCCCAAAAAGCAAAGACCUCCAGGUAAUCAAGUUGUACUAAAAGAAGAGAAACUUUCUCCGUCACCAGUGAUGAGAACAGAGCCAUUUAACCCUGCAAUGAGACCAGAUCAUCACAAACACACAGACACUAAGCUGUCUCAACCUGGCCAUGGCCAUCAGAAUGUAAAGUCCAUGGACAGUUCUCGCCCUGUCAUCCGAUCCUCGGAGCCCAGCGGGCCGCCUGACAUACUGCAAGAGAAAGAAAAGUUCAAGCAAGAGUCCAAGACACCUGUUGCCCCUAAAAAAGUACAGGAUGUGAAAUUGAAGAACAUGGGCUCUUGGGCCAGCUUGGCUCAGAAAUCCACAUCCACGCCCUUAUCUGCAGUAAAAUCAUCUAGUGACAGUUUUGAGCAGUUUCGACGUGCCGCUCGAGAGAAAGAGGAAAGAGAGAAAGCUCUGAAGGCCCAGGCAGAGCAGGCUGAAAAAGACCGGCUACGCAGAGAGCAAGACAAACUACGAGGUCGGGAUGAAGAAGAAGUCAUUGAGCCAAGCAGAAGAGUGCAUGAGGAGCCACGCCGACGUCUGGAGCAACAGCACAGCCAAGCUUCUUCACAUCAACAGCAGCAGCAAAAGCAGCAGCAGCAGCAACAACAACAACAACAGGAGUCACUGCCCACUGCCAUUCAGCCACCGCCUCAACCCCCUACACCACCACAACCCACGACACAGAACUCAGUAGACCAACAGAGGGAGCAAGCACGCCGCCGAGAGCAGGAGAGACGGAGACUAGAAGCGUUGGCAGCAAUUGAUAUGAAUUUCCAAAGUGACUUAAUGGCUAUAUUUGAGGAGAACCUGUUUUGAGAAGAGGAAAACUGUAACCUAACUGCAAAAACAAACAAACUCCCUCCCCCAGAAAAUUAUAAACUUGGAUGAUUAUACACUUUCUCUCUGAAGUGAGGGUCGUUGACCAGGAACCACAGAGGAACAUGGAUAUAUGUGGAUUUGACAGACGCUCGGAGACUGUACAAAUACUGGAGGGUCACGGUGCGCGUCGUCACUGUGGACUGGUCUCACUCCGCUCACACGGGGACGAACCUGUCGUUCUGGAUGUAAUUCCUUGGAGUUUGGCAUUGACUGCCUGAUGUCUCAAGGAGAGAAAGGAGGCCUGUUGGCAUGGUGUGCAACAGCUCACAACUUAUCACAGUGGAGUGGCCACAGAAGUUAACGGCAAGAUUAAAUACAUACA